GAGCGACAGGAGGCAGGAAGCACAGCGAAGAGGGAAGUGGACAGCUCCGUCUACAAACCAGGAAUUUGGGAGAAAUCCAGCAUGAGGAAUUCCCAUGCUGAGAGAGAGAAAGAGAGAUAGAAAGAGAGUAAAAGGAAAAAGAGUGAGAGAAGCCAGAGGGAGAGAUAAAGGGGGAGAAGAGAGAGUGAAGGAACGUGGUGUGCUCAGGAGGAGAGGAAAGAGGAUUUCUGUUUUUUUUCUUUAAGUGUUCAGUGAGCAGAUGGCAGAGUGAAGUGAUGCUCCACUCCAUCCUGUUUCUCACUGCCGCGUUCCGCUUGCCCACCACACACCACUCAAGGCAGUGGCAGCUGCUUGGGCCAGAAAUCUGAGAAGAGGAGGACAGAGAAGAAGAAGAGCCUCAGGGACUUAACCAAAGAUGCACACACACACUUAACCUUGCAUCUCUUGCAUCCCAUUUGGCUGAAGGCACUUUGUUGGAAAAGAGGACGUGUAAAAAGAGACACACAGUGCACUGCCAGAGGGUCAGCAGGGUACACACAGUGGACAGUACACUGAGCCUAAAUGCUGCUGAAGGACACCAGAGGCACCUAUUUUUUAUCUUGUGCCCCAGAGUUUGAGAUCAACACUGCAGAGUUCAGUGAGUUUGCAGCCCUGAUGAAGGCAGCUGCCAGCUCUAUAGUCUGAGAGGGAGCCUAAGAGCAUGUGUAUGUGACUCUCUCACUGUCAUUCAGGGAGGCCUGGAGUCCUGUUACACCAGCAGCCACUGCUUAUGCAUGUUUUAUCUGCUGUGAAGGGAAACAAAGUCUUCCUUUGUUACCUAAUCCAUCCACUCCAUUGCCAGUAGCCUGACCACAAACCUCCUGCACCUCACACGCACCUGUACCCCUCCAGCUCUACAUCCAACCAUCCAGUGCUCCCUCAGAGUAGAGUGAUCCGAGGCAUUCGUCCAUCCAUCAACCAGGCAUUUCUGGGACAGCUACAAGAUCUUGGUCAGUUACCACUUAAGGUUACCUGCAACGUGAUCAUCUCACACGACCGUCUUGUUGAAGAUCUUGAGGAAUUUAUAGUAUCAAUUUCGGGAGCAAUUGGGAAGAUCACCAUACAGAGGUUGGAUACACCUUCUCAUGGACUCAUUUACCUGGGUAGUCACGUCUCACAAAGAGCGGACCUUAAAAACAUCCAUCUUGUUGUAGACAUUGAGCAUUUUGCGGGUCUCUUCAGCAGCAACUGGCUGGAUCUACUCAAUCAAGUCAUCUGGAUACACUUUCUUGUGAACUUUGAAGACAAUUUAUCUGGAUGACUCACCUCCUGGAAAUCUUUAUUACCUGAUCUACUGAUUACCUAAUGAAAUAACAAAUCAAGAGACUGCCUAACUAUUGCCUGAACAAAGUUACAGGAAAGUGACCACAGGGUAGUGCGUUUUGUAGAGGAUCCACAUGGUGGGCUUCAACAGAUCAGUAGACACUCUUCUUUUUUGAAGGUGGAUUGUCCACAUUUGACAACACUCUGUUCUUCCCAUCUUGUCAAUUAGCUUUUAAACUUGAUCCUGGGACCUUCUUCAUAGGACAAAUGAAGAAACUACUAUGUAAAUGUUCAUCGAAGACCACCUAAGAUUGCAGCAAAGUGAUAAUCUGACAGAGCAGAGCUUAAAAAAGUAACCUCCCUAUUGUGGAUCUUGAGGGUUUUUUGGGGUCUGCUUGGCAUUUGGCUGGAUCAACCCAAGCAAAUCAUCCAGAUACCCAUUCCUUGACCUGUUUCACAGGCACUUUUCCUCUCUGGAGACAAUUCCUUUGGAUCUCUCAAGACUUGACACCACGUCUUCUUUUCCAUCUUUACCGGUCUCUCCGUCUAGCCUCUAUCCACAGCAACUCAGGUUGACGACGAUCAGUGAUCGGUGGUGGUGGGCGCGGAAGGUCUGGAGCAUGACGGACACUCUGCGGCCGCCGUCACUCCAGGUACAUGUCCCACGGGACGAUCCAGGGCCGAGUGAUGAGGGGGGUGGCAAUGGCAAGAGUGCCCCAGAUAGCCUGGCCUGGUCCAGCUCAUCAACGCCCACCCUCCGACGCCGACGCUUCAAGAUGCGGCGCACUAAGAAGGUGCCGAGCGAACGGGAACGGCUGGAGAACGGCCUCCUGAGACACCCUGGCUUCCGCUCAGCCUCCAAAGAGUAUUUGCAGCUGCCCUCCAUUGAGAUCACACCCUCCAGUGAUGAGGAUGCCCCCUGGUCAAACUGCUCCACACCUAGUGCCUCACCCCGACGCAAACGCUUUCUGCUGCGCAAGUGGCUGAAGGUGCGUGAGAGGAAGGAGCUCUGCAGUGAGAGCAGCAGCCAGCAGAGCAGCCAGCAGAGCAGCCAGCAGAGCAGCCAGCAGAGUAGCCAUGACGACGACUCCACCCGCUUCCUGACUCCGCUCAUCCGUGAGGAGAGAGCUGACAGUGGAACGGACAAGUUCAGCACUGCCAGUAACUCAAACCGGAGCAGUCCCGCUUGCUCUCCGGUGUUACGGAAGCGCUGUCGCUCGCCCACGGUGCAGAGCCUGGAGGGAGAGAACAUGGUGGAGAAGGGUUCGGAGCAGUCGGACACGUCCAAGUCUCCGUCCACCCCGGAGCAGCUGGUCACCCGCACGUACUCCGUACAGUCGACCCGCAGCAGCUCCAAAAACUCCAAGUCUCACAAGCGACUGUCCAAAAAAAGCCAGAGCUGGUACAACGUUCUCAGCCCCACCUAUAAGCAGAGAAAUGAAGACUUCAGAAAGCUCUUCAAGCAGCUGCCGGACACAGAGCGCCUCAUUGUGGACUACUCCUGCGCUCUGCAGAGGGACAUCCUCCUGCAGGGACGACUCUACCUCUCUGAGAACUGGAUCUGUUUCUAUAGUAACAUCUUCCGCUGGGAGACGCUGCUGACAGUGCGUCUGAAGGACAUCUGCUCCAUGACUAAAGAGAAGACAGCACGACUCAUCCCCAAUGCCAUUCAGGUGUGCACAGACACGGAGAAGCACUUUUUCACCUCGUUCGGGGCAAGGGACAGGACGUAUAUGAUGAUGUUCCGGCUCUGGCAGAAUGCCCUGCUGGAGAAGCCACUGUGUCCUAAGGAGCUGUGGCACUUUGUCCAUCAGUGCUAUGGCAACGAGCUGGGGCUGACCAGUGACGAUGAGGAUUACGUCCCCCCCGACGAUGAUUUCAACACAAUGGGGUACUGUGAAGAAAUCCCAGCUGAAGAGAACGAGGUCAGUAAUGAUAACUCAUCUAAGAGCAGCGGAGAGAAUAAGCCGGACAGCAGCCCUCCAUCCCACAAGAGGUCCAUCACACACUCCACCCUUAACUCCACAACUCCACCCAGCAGCACCGACAUGCCACUGUCUUUUGACAUUGCUCCUGAGGAGUACACAGACUGCCUUGCUGACAGUGAGCUGCUGCCACUGCCCCUGCUGGCGGAGGAGAGGAACUGCGAGCCAGGAGGAGGUCAGCUAGGCCCAGUGCCCUCACCAUCACUCGACUUUAACGAUAAUGAGGACAUACCCACAGAGCUCAGCGACUCCUCAGACACACACGAUGAGGAAGUGGAGGUCCAGGCGUUCCAUGAAGACCUGAAUGGUCGUCAGUACAUUAAUGAGGUGUAUAAGUUCAGCGUGGAUAAGAUGUACUCAUUCCUCUUCACCGAGUCACAGUUUAUGACUGACUUCAUGGAGCAGAGGAGAUUUACAGAUAUUGUCUUUCACCCUUGGAAGAAAGAGGAGGCGGGGAAUCAGAAGAGAGAGAUAAUGUACACCAUCUCCCUCUCCAACCCACUGGCACCCAAAACAGCCACUGUCAGCGAGACUCAGACUCUGUACAAGGCCAGUCAAGAGAGCGAGUGUUACAUCAUCGACGCAGAAGUUGUCACUCAUGAUGUCCCGUAUCACGACUACUUCUACACACUUAACCGCUACACACUGACCCGUGUGGCCAAGAACAAGUGCCGGCUCAGGGUUUCUACGGAGCUGCGCUAUAGGAAGCAGCCGUGGGGGCUGGUGAAGGGCUUCAUUGAGAAGAACUUCUGGAGCGGGCUGGAGGAGAACUUCAGGAGUCUGGAGCUCGAGCUGGGGAAAGCAGAGGACAGUCUGUUAGAGUCCCACAGGCCGUCUCCUAAAGCUAAAGCACUGAAGAGCUCCACCCUGAGGCGGAGAAAAAGGCCUCUUCCACAUCUGCGCACACCACAUCUGGAAGAAACACUCAGCCCUGUAACUACACCCACCGACGAGGAGGUCAUCCAGCGGAUCAAACACGUGGCAGGCUCCACCCAAACAAGACAGUCACCUGAACACAGCCCUGCAGGCGGGCCUUUCUGCAGCAUCUCCAAACUGCUGCUCAUUAUCAGUUUUGUGAUCUGCAUAAGUCUGGUGCUGCUGGUAUUUCUGAACAUGAUGCUGUUCUAUAAGCUGUGGAUGCUGGAGUAUUCUGCACAGAGCCUAAUGACCUGGCAAGGCCUACGCUUAGACAAGAGUAAGUUACCACAGACGCAGCUGGAGUGGGCUCAGCUCCUGGAGUCUCAGCAGCGCUUCCAUGAAGCUGAGCUACAGAAGUGGAGAGAAAUAAUCAAGUCUUCAGUGCUGCUGCUGGACCAGAUGAAAGACUCGUUGCUGAGUCUCCAGAGGGGAGUGACUUUAAGAGACUUUGGCUCGGACUCGGACGAGAAGCAGAGUCGAUACCACUGAAGCUGCUCUUCCCCUCCAGGCCACCAGGGCGCACCGUGCAAUGUAGAGCCACGUGUGAGUGAGUGAGUGUGUGUGUCUGUGAACAUACAUACCAGACCGAGAGAGGCAGGAAACACAGGGGCCAAACUGUGUUUGAGCAUUUGAGUCCUGCCAAGCAGAGAAAUGAGAGGAAAAACAGCAAAGAAAGAGAAGGGGACCAUUGGCUGCCCAUCUCAACAGAGAACCGAGCACUAGAACCAGCACUGGACACCGAUGGGCAGUCAGGCUCUACCUGAGAAAGUUCCACCAAGCCUGACACGCUUCUCUUUCAUUUCCCCCUCUUUAGCUCUGCCUUUAGUUUUCUGAAGACACGGUACUGUUAGCAGUCUUUAGCUGCUGGCGAUCGCUUACUGUUAGCAGUCGCUAUAAAAACAGAUAAGCCAUGGUUUAAAGAAGCAGACUGGAGAGCAUGUUUUGAGGUGUUUUUUAAGAGAUUCUUCUUUAUCCUCUUGUCCGUCAAGCAAAGCGGUUUGACCCCUUUUCUUUUGAAUUAGGACAAGGCGAAUGAUGUCUUCUUCUAGCCUCCAGGCACUCUGGAUUUCCUGACACUAAGGCUGCAGUGUCCCUUUUCUUGUAAGAUCGCUUUUUUGGAAGCACUAUAAUCUUAAAGAAAAGGGGGUUUAAAGGUUUGCACCUGAAAGAUAUUUUGUUUUUAAUGACUGUGUGGUUCUUGGCUGUCUGAAGAACCAUGUUAACUUGGCAUUGAUCAAGAACGACAGACAUUAAUGGUAUAAGCUAAGGCAGCGCUACAUUGGUGAAGUGCCUUGAAUCCUUAACCAGUUCUAGAAAUUUCUUUGUGGUUCAACAUAGAACUUAGACUAAAUGGCAGAGGUCUUCCAAUUGACCAUGCCAUUCACAGGUGCUUUAUUGAGCCCUCCAGACAUGAUGAAGAGUGAAUUUUUCUUGAAGAAACCUUUAGGACCAGAUAGAACGGUUCCUUGGUGGCUCCUUUGCACACUCCAAGCAGACCAGUGCCACCUGACCCCAAACUAUGGUCCUGUUGUUCCCAGUCUUACUGAGUUAUUCAGGGAGAAAACGUCUAAAGCAUUUUGUGUUAAGGAAGCAGUGAUAGUGGGACUUGAUGUGUCAUAUAAAUUAAGAAUAAUAUUAAUGAGGAAUCCCACCUGCGUUAUUUAACGGUUGAGGUGUAAACAAAGUCAUUUCGAGUGGUUUGUCGUGAAAAAUGUAAAAUAGAGAAACUUACUGUCUUCUUCACAAGGGUGAUAGGUACCUGGGGUUAUGGUAUAUAUAAUACAACUAUAGCCAUUUAAUUUCAUAUCCAAAAUGACCAAUGAACCUCUGAGAUUUAUCGUCACUGUCCAAUGGAAAAAAAAAAUGUAUUUUUACUUUUCUCCAUCAUUUGAGCUCAGCAGCCGUCCUUUACAUUGUUUGAAGAUUUCAUGAUGAUUAGACCAAUAGAAAUUCUCCAAAACUGCUUAGAAUAAAACAUCUUUCCAUUAACGUACAUAGAAAGCAAAGACUAUUUUUGCCCUCUCCUGUGAAGUUACUAUUUUGGAGUAACGAUAUGUUACACUGACAAUGGUAGAACAGUGGUUACUCUGAAAAAAAUCAGUCUUCAUGCCUUCUCUUUGCCUUAUGAUGCCCUACUCCACCACAUUUUAGGCCAAAACCAGUUUUUAAAGCUAUCCUAUCAAGCAUCAGGCAGUGCAUUCACUGCCGUUUCUUGCAAUAACUUUCCCUGAGGUCGCUUUUAGCGGCUUCAGAUGUCUGGUUCCUAUCACCACCACUGUAAACAAGUCGGAGUAAGUUUCUCUAGAACAGAGCAUUUCAGAUGAAACCUCGGAAAGACUUUCUUUACGUGUAGAAAUGUUGAAAAAUUGGCAGAUUUGAUGGAUCAAAUCUAGACAAGCUGCCUUGGCGCCUAGAUGUAUCUGAAUACCAUUCAGUGCAGAUUGUUGAGGCCUCCACUGACCAAGUGCACUGGUCCAGCCAACGUUUUCUGUAAAAAAAAAAAAAAAAGCAAACAAAAGAAAUGGAAGGAUUGGCUAGAAUCCAAAAAA